CUUCUUCCUAUUGUUAUAUGUUUGAUACUAAUGUGUCCUUGUCUUGUAGCUUUACUUGAUAUUGACUCCUGUUUGUGUUAGUAUUUUAAUUCCUCAAAUAAAACAAAAUACCAAAAAGAUAGUGAGUAAUAUCUUAACCUCCCUUUGCUAUUUUGCAUUUUCUUGGUGGAUUAUCUUCGGGUACAAUCAUUGUUAGUUUAGAUUCUUAUUUUCUGCAUUUAUCUCUUAAUUGUGCUACCUAGCUUUAGCCGAGCAUAGUCGUCGUCACCUAGUUUCUGUGGAGAACACGACAUCCGUAGUUUGGGGCGUAAAAACCCUGCUAUACUUUCAAUUGAUCACGGAGGUUGGCGGCGAGAUGGCGAUGGAGACCGUGUCCUCGGAGACGGUGGAAAGGGAUUAUUCACCGGGCUGUAAUUAUUUGUCCGAAAGGGAUUUAUUUUGCCCCAGGCCGAGAUGGCCGAAAAUCAAAUCUCUGCCCUUAAAAUCACUUCAAUCUGUUGCUUAGUUUCUGCUCUGAAGUAGCCCAUAGAGUUACAUGCAUGUUGUACACCUAAAAAUUGGAGAUUUCAUCCCUUACUAGAGAGUUAUCCAAUACAAUGGGUUGCAUGUUGAUUCAUGUUGACUAGAUAUAGGUUUCAAUCUUGCCGGGAACAUUGGCUCGACUUGAUAGAGAAGCACCAAACUACCAAAAGUAUGCCUGGCUUUACAUGACCAAAGCUUGCAUAUUCAAUCCAUGGAUCAUUAUGUAUUGCUGCAUAAAUUCGAAGUUCUAACCUUGUUUUACUUUUCUAAAAGGGAUGGCUACAACGAUUUCAAUACAUUCUACAUACAGGCUGCAUCUGGUACUAAAGGUGGCUCUAGUGGUUCCCCUGUUGUUGAUUGCCAAGGAAGAGCUGUUGCACUGAAUGCAGGAAGCAGCAGUUCCAGUGCUUCGGCCUUCUACCUUCCAUUAGACGGUGUAGUUAGAGCACUCAAUCUGAUACGUGGCUGUUGGGACACAUUUGGUAGCAAGCCAGAAUCUGCUUAUAUUCCUCGUGGUACACUUCAGGUGACUUUUCAACACAAAGGUUUCGAAGAAACUUGAUGUCUUGGACGCAGGAAUGAAACCGAGCAGGACAGGCUGUACGACUUGUUUCUCCAGCAGGGGAGACUGGAAUGCUGGUUGUUGAUUCUUUGGUGCCAGAUGGACCUGCAGACAAACAUCUGAAACCUGGUGACGUGCUGAUUCGCAUGAAUGGGGAGAUUGUAACGCAAUUUCUCACUAUGGAGUCCUUACUUGAUGAGAGUGUUGGCAGCGAGAUAAAUUUGCAGAUCGAAAGAGGUGGAACUCCUUUGACAGUAAAGCUGAAGUACUACAACACUGGUAGUUGUACGCAUAUGAUGGUGAUUCGCUCCGGCCAUUCCAGUUUUGGCGGUGGUGGUGGUGCUGCUCCUAUGAUGGUAGACUCGUCUGAUUUCCCUAGCCGCAUCCAUGGUGAUGAAGCUCGGCCUAGGCUAGAACCCCCUCCAAUUUGCUUAAGAUCACGGAAGUUUGGGUUGAUGGAGUGCUUGUAUUUAGUUUUUGUUUUGACCUUGUGAAACUUGCUACCUAUGGAUGAAACUGUGU